UGGUUCAGGUGAGAUUCAGAGCAAAUAUCAGCAGUAACAGUGUGAAGAUCAGUCAGAAUAUGAUGCUGAUUCAACACUCGUCCAUCAUGCAGUGAUAUAGUGUCAGUCAAAUAAACACUCAGCCAAUCAGAUCAGAGGAAGUGAACAAACACAGGAAGAGCUGAUAGUUUUUAAAGAAAGAGUUGUGAGCAUAUAAUGAAGAGGAAGACUGACAGAAAGAGAAAAUGGCUGAUAAGUGUCAUUUGUGUCUGCUGGGACUGAUCAUUCUCUCUUCACUUCUCACAGGUACCAGUGGAGUGGAUGAGACUCAUGUGUUCAUCAGUUCUGGUGAAAAUGUCCGUCUGCCCUGUAAUAAUGAUCUUCAUGACUGCAAAUCAAUUACAUGGAACUAUAACAAACAUUCAGCAGCAGUUGAACUGAUCGGUUGUGGGAUUACGAAAAACACAGAGAGUCAUGAGAGACUGAGUCUGGGGUCUGACUGCUCUCUGAACAUCAAGAACAUCACAAAAGAAGAUUGUGGACUUUACACCUGCCGACAAUAUGUGAAUGACAAACAACAAGGAACUGAUGCACAUGUUUAUCUGCAUGUUCUUCAUGUCUCUUCAUCAUCCUCACAGACUGAGAUCAGUGCAGGCAGCUCUGUGACUCUCUACUGUCAGUUGUAUUCAUAUACUGAAGUCUCUUGUGAUGAUUGGAUCCGUUCUGAGGGAAUUCAGCUGUUCUGGGUGAAUCAGGCUGGUGUUAAACUGACAAUAUCAGACUCCAGAUAUCAGAUAUCAGCUCCAGGACUCUGUAUCAUCACUCUGAAUACAACACUCCUGAAUGAAGAUGACAACAGAGAGUGGAGAUGUGAAGUUACUCACAGAAAUCAAGUCAAGACCUCAGUCACAUAUACUGUCAAGAGUUCAGCUCAAGAUAAAACAACGGCAGCAGUGAUUCCAGUCCACACCACAAACUCUCAGGAUCCCUCGACUACAAACACACACAAAACUAAAGCUGAUUCAACAACAGUGAUUCCAGUCCACAUCACAAAAUCAACUACAACAGUAGUUAACAGUAACAGCAGUAACUUCAACACGAGGCCAAGACUGGCUACCCACUGAAGCUAAGCAGGGCUGAGCCUGGUCAGUACCUGGAUGGGAGACCACCUGGGAAAGCUAGGUUGCUGUUGGAAGAGGUGUUAGUGAGGCCAGCAGGGGGUGCUCACCCUGUGGUCUAUGUGGGUCCUAAUGCCCCAGUGUAGUGAUGGGGACACUAUACUGUAAAAAGCACCGUCAUUCGGAUGAGACGUUAAACCGAGGUCCUGACUCUUUGUGGUCAU